CUCACCUUCCCUUCGCCUCCCUGCGCGGCGGAGCCCCCCUCCGGCGCUGCCCCCGGCUGCAGCUGAGAGCGGCGCUCGCCCACCAUUAUGGAAGACGACGGGCAGCCCAGGACCCUCUAUGUAGGAAACCUCUCCAGAGAUGUGACUGAAGUUCUUAUACUUCAGUUAUUCAGCCAGAUUGGACCAUGCAAAAGCUGUAAAAUGAUAACAGAGCAACCCGAUAGCAGAAGGGUCAACUCUUCUGUUGGAUUUUCUGUUUUGCAGCAUACAAGCAAUGACCCUUAUUGCUUUGUGGAAUUUUAUGAACACAGAGAUGCAGCUGCUGCAUUAGCUGCUAUGAAUGGGAGAAAAAUUUUGGGAAAGGAGGUCAAAGUAAACUGGGCAACAACACCAAGUAGCCAGAAAAAAGAUACAUCCAAUCACUUCCAUGUGUUCGUUGGGGAUUUAAGUCCAGAAAUAACAACAGAAGACAUCAAGUCAGCAUUUGCUCCUUUUGGUAAAAUAUCGGAUGCACGGGUAGUUAAAGAUAUGGCAACUGGAAAGUCAAAAGGCUAUGGUUUUGUAUCUUUUUAUAACAAACUGGAUGCAGAAAAUGCUAUUGUACACAUGGGAGGCCAGUGGCUGGGAGGCCGGCAGAUCAGAACUAACUGGGCAACACGGAAACCACCAGCCCCCAAAAGUACACAAGAAAAUAAUACAAAACAGUUGAGAUUUGAAGAUGUAGUAAAUCAGUCAAGUCCAAAAAAUUGUACUGUGUACUGUGGAGGAAUUGCCUCUGGGCUAACAGAUCAGCUUAUGAGACAGACUUUUUCACCAUUUGGACAGAUUAUGGAAAUAAGAGUCUUUCCAGAAAAAGGUUACUCAUUUGUCAGAUUUUCUACCCAUGAAAGUGCAGCACAUGCUAUUGUUUCAGUUAAUGGAACCACAAUUGAAGGACAUGUUGUAAAGUGUUACUGGGGUAAAGAAUCCCCUGAUAUGACUAAAAACUUCCAACAGGUGGAUUAUAGCCAGUGGGGGCAAUGGAGCCAAGUAUAUGGAAAUCCACAACAAUACGGGCAAUAUAUGGCUAAUGGGUGGCAAGUACCAUCGUAUGGAAUGUACGGCCAAGCAUGGAAUCAACAGGGUUUUGGAGUAGACCAAUCUCCAUCUGCUGCCUGGAUGGGUGGAUUUGGUGCUCAACCUGCCCAGGGACAAGGUGCUCCUGUAAUACCUAACCAAGCUGGAUAUGGUAUGGCAAGCUACCAAACACAGUGAGCUGGGACUCUGUUUAAAAGUGUGUAUUUCAUGAUAGGCUGCAGUUUCCAGUGACAUUCUGAAGACUGGAAUGUAGACAAUGAAAAAAAGAAAAUAUUUAUUUUAAAAAUGGAAAUGUUUGGAACCUUUAGCACAGCUUUGCUUUGGUGAAGGACACAAAUGUCUUCUAGUUCUGCCUUUUUAAGUUUUUGUUCAUGAUGGAUAUGAACAUGUUUUCCUUUGUGUACAAAAAUUAAAAAUAAAGUCAAUAAAGACAAUUCUGACUACAAAUUUUGAUAUAGUAGGAGAAAUGGCUAAUGAAUUUAAUUUAGGUUACCAUUCCAUCUUUUUUUUUUUUGUUCUGUCCUCAGUGUUUUAUAUCACUGUGCUUUUUAAGAGAAACGACGGUGAGAAACAGCAAGUUGCUUUUAGUUGAACACACAUCCUGAAGUAAGCUGUGGACCAAUCAUUACAACCUGCUAGACAGUAUUGAUUUAUUCUUUUUCCAGAAACCUAUGGGCAUAGCUCAGAAACUAUGUGUAGGUCUUGGAAGAACUUUUUUAAAAAGAUACUUAACUUUUCUACGUGCUUAAAGAAAAUAAACUGAUACCAAGAAUAGUUCAGUCUAAAGUGAAAACCAGUACUGUCUUGAGCAGUUUCACGUAACUUUUACUGUCCACAUUCAGGCACACAUGAAAACUUUUCAGAGAUGGUUUUGCUUAUUAAGACUGUAGUAAUCUGCAUUUAAUUUUGAGAAAUAAAAACCUUUUUUUGCAAGUAUGUUGUUUGUAUUCAGCUCAGACAGUCAUACUUGUGCUUUUACAUGAAGUUUGAAGGCUACACAUUGUAAAUAUUUCAUAAUUACGGUGUUUCGAAAGCAUGCUCAAACAUAGAAGUAGCAAUGUAAUUAUUCAAAGUAAUACUUAAUAUACUCUACUGCUUUAAAUGCAGUAGAUUGACAAGAAUGUGCAAGACUGACGUUUCCAAAGUUGGCUAUUAUGUAAAGUUACAUAAAGAACUAUAACAAAGAGCCUUAAUUUUAAUUUCAUAAAUCUUUAAUGCAUCACCUUUUUGUCAUUAGAAAUACGAAUUUUUUGCUUUACCUUAUUUGGUAUGUAAAUACCUUGGUUAACAACCUUGUAAACCUCUUUCAAGGUGGUUAUAAGUUGUAUAGUAUCUUGAGUGUUUUGAAAAAUCUUGAUGUUUUUUAAGUCUAGAAAUAUUUUGCCCAAGAAUUUUUUAACAAGAUUGUUAAAAACAUCUUAUUUUAGAGACUAUUCAAUGUGCCAUUUGGUAAAUGGAGAUGCAGUUGGAACAGUACACUGAGUUGUGACUUAUUUUUAAUUAAAGUUUUUGUCUUUCUGGGUGGUUUGCAUGUGAUGAACCUGUACAGAGGCUGGGCUGUUUGUGUACUGAGUGUGUAAAUGGAUAAAUCAUGAAGAUGUUUUAAAUGGUAAACUUGGGUUAUUUCUGAAUUAUUUUAUGGAUACAUUGAUAUAAACUGCCUCAAUAAAUUUGAAGUUGAAAAUGAA